AUGUAUGAUCGUUCUCAUUCCGUUGUUGUUUUGCCGGUGCAUCUGCCGGGAGAGAAUGAGGUUUUAUACGAUGAAAAUGAUGAUGUUGUUCAAAUUGAUAGGUUACUCGCCAGACCUACUAAAUUAGAGGCGUGGUUCACUCUCAAUGAAACCGAUGUGCUGGCGCGUCGGUGGAAAUACGCGGAGAUUCCAGAGCAUUACGUUUGGCGGGCUGGAAAUUGGGAGCCUAGACGUCAAAUUACGAAGGUGAUAGGUUGUUUGGUAGAAGUUUCUCCUGCUGGUGGUCAAAUUGAGAAAUUCUAUUUGCGUCUUUUAUUGUCCCACGUUCGCGGUGCGAUAUCUUUCGACGAUUUACUUACGGUUGAAGGGGAACGUUGUGACGAUUUUAAGACGUCCUGUUUACGUAGAGGGUUGCUGGCCGACCCUCAGGAGUAUCGAAAUUGUUUAUUGGAAGCUUCUUUGAAAGAUAAUCCGUUUCGUUUAAGGCGGUUGUUUGCGCUAAUAUGUUCUUUGGCUGCCGACGGUGACCAUAUCCUUCAAAUUCCCAAUUUGUGGCGUGACUUUAAGUUGGCUAUGAUUGAGGAUUUUCUUGGCCGUGGCUAUCGUCGAGGCGAUGCCGUUAGGGUGGCCAUCGACCAAAUUAGUGUCGUUGUUUUGCGAAAUUGGGACGUUGGCGAUGUGGCUCGACUUGGUAUUGUCGUUCACGAGGAAGAUGACGAUGGUAACGGUGGUGAGCCGAUUCCUCGAAACGGACGUUUUCGUAUAGAUGAUGACGUUGAUGUUCCCGACAGAAUUUUCGAUGUCGAUUCUUUGACGGACGAGCAACGGCGUAUUUUUGCUGCCGUUAUGUCGCGCAUCGCUGUUGAGACGGAUGCCGAUGUGCCUAUUUCCUUUAUUCUUCCGCGGGAUUCUCAACGCUUCGAUGGGAAUAUGUUCUAUAUCGAUGGUCCCGGUGGCACCGGGAAAACUUAUUUAUAUAAUACGUUAAUUUCGGCCGUUCACCGGGUACUGCGUAAGAGGACCGUGGCUGUGGCGUGGACUGGUAUUGCGGCAUCUUUGCUUAUCGGUGGAACGACGUGCCAUAGGGCGUUUCGAUUGCCGUUACAAAUAACAGGUACGACUGUUGCCGGUUGGUCGAUUGAUCAUUUUAGGAGUGUUGCUAUUAGGGAGGCGGCGGUUAUUGUUUGGGAUGAGGCACCUAUGACUCCCAAGGAAGCUUUGCACGCCGUCGAUAGAUUCCUUAGGGACCUGAUGGGUAGGCCUGAUGUACCUAUGGGCGGUAAAGUUUUUCUUCUAGGCGGAGAUUUUCGUCAGACUCUACCCGUUGUUCCUCACGGUGGAAGGGCGCAGGUUGUGUCGUCUUGCUUAAAGGCGUCGCCUUUGUGGAGGGCGAUGCGAUUUUGUUCUCUUUCUACGAACGUUCGGGUAGGAGUUGCGGGUGAUGUUGUUGGCGGAUAUGUGGGUGAUGAGCGUUUUACGGAAUGGCUUCUUCGCCUUGGAGAAGAUCGUAUACCUCAUGAGACGUUGCCGUCGGUUCCGGGUGUACCUGAGGAUAUCAUUCGUAUUCCCGAUUGUUUCGUUGUGGCAAAUAUGGACGCGUUGCUCGAUUUUGUUUAUCCGCAGGGUAUAUUCGAUGGAGAGGAUGUUGCUGACCGGGUAAUUCUUUGUCCCACAAAUGCCGUCGUUAACGAUGUCAAUAGGUUGAUAGUUGAUAGGUUGCCGGGUGAGGCCGUUUCCUAUUUCAGUACGGACGUUUAUGAGGCGGCCGAGGAGGAUGAAUUGCGGGUGCCGCAAGAUUUACUCCAUUCCAUCACGACUGCGUCUUUACCUCCGCACGAAUUAACUUUGAAAGUGGGAACGGUUGUCAUGCUUCUUAAAAAUUUAGAUAUCGAAGAAGGUCUUUGCAAUGGUACUCGGUUAAUAGUUUCUUCUUUGGGAGAUCACGUUUUGGAAUGUCGCAUUCUUACCGGCGAAAGGAGGGGAACUGUCGUUUGGAUUCCCAAGGUGACGAUGAUCGGUCGCGAUAAUAUGUUACCGAAGGAGUUUAAACGGACUCAGUAUCCCUUGAGGGUGGCGUAUGCCAUGACCGUUAAUAAAUCUCAGGGUCAGACUUUCUCAAGAGUUGGUGUAUACCUUAAACGACCCUGUUUUUCGCACGGUCAGAUGUACGCCGCCUUUUCUAGAGUUGGUAGUGUCGAUCGUGUUAAAAUUUGUAUUGAAAAUUCUAUGAAACAGGGUUCUUUCAGAUUCAGAGACGGAAGAAAAUAUACCACUAACGUUGUUUAUACGACGGUUUUGGGUGCCCAUGUAAGACAUGCGGUUUUACCAUUGCAUGACGGGACUCCAGAUGCUUCUCUUCCCUCUACUGACGAUUGGCCUUCGUUAGACGCUCCUGUUUUAGAUAAUAUUUUAGAUCACAUUGAGAUGGAAGUCGAUGAGGACGUCGGAUGGCGUACGGUUCAUUUUCCGGCUGAUGAUAGGGUUUCUAGGUUCGAUCGACCGGGUACUACUGGAUUAAGGAUUCCUCCGCGUGUCCUUCGUAUUUCUUCCUCGGAUUCUAGCGAUUAG